CUCAUUCAGUAGCCGCUACACAGCACGCGCAACUGGUACUCUCUCGGCGCAGCACUUAGCAAACGAUUUAAUUAGAUUGAUCAAGAGGGGAACUUGUAAAUUCGCCAAAAUAUGAAUCGCUGGCAAAAUCGUGUAGCCGUCGUGACCGGCGCCAGUUCGGGCAUUGGUGCGGCCUGUGCCAAGUUGAUUGUGGCUGCUGGCAUAAAAGUGGUGGGCCUGGCGCGGCGCGUACACCGCCUGGAGGAGCUUAAGCAAUCACUGCCUACCGAACAGCAACCGUUCUUCCAUUUCAGGCAGUGCGAUGUUUCGCAGGAGCAGCAGGUCAGCGAGGCCUUCGAUUGGAUCGAACAGACACUGGGUGGCACCGACAUACUCGUCAGCAAUGCGGGCAUACUGCGCGAUGGCAACCUAGUCGACAUGUCAGUUAGCGAUAUACGUGAUGUGGUCAACACCAAUUUGAUGGGCUCGAUUUAUUGUUUGCAAAAUGCGCUCAAAAGCAUGCGAAAGCGCAACUAUCCCGGUCACUUAAUUUUCAUCAACAGUACUGCCGGUCUAGCGGGCUACAAUCCGGGUAAGGACGAACCGAGCUUAAACGUCUAUACACCGACGAAGUUCGCUCUGAAUGCGGUCAAUGAGAUUUGCCGACAGGAGUUGAUCACGUUGAAGACGAAGAUCAAGACGACAAAUAUCAGCCCCGGCUGGGUGUCCACCGAAAUCGUGCCGGACGAGACGAAAGCUCAGCUAGGUGAUGUUAUACUCCAGGCCGCCGAUAUCGCCAAUGCAGUAAUCUAUGCGCUCUCCACGCCCCCGCACGCGCAAGUACAAGAGAUAACGCUGCGUGCUGUCGGCGAGUGGUUCUAAGGUAGUCGAUGAAGGAAGGGGAGUAAAAUAAUGUGCGCAAACACUCACAUAUAUAAACCUAUAUGCAUAUGUAAAUAUCAAAAUAAAUAUAUUUAGCACAUUUUUGCACAAAUUUCCAGCUCUCAUU